UAACGGACCAAAUCCUUUAUCCACAAAACCGGCGCACUUUAGCACUAACCACCGCUGCUAAACAGCCGUUACAAUUUCCCGAGUAUGACUUCUCUCCGAAAAGGACCAGAAAAUCGUACUUAGGGCAGAGCAAAGGUUUUCUUCUCAUGCUACCGUACACCUUCCGGUGGUGGUGGGGUGACAGAGCUUCUUUUAAGAAAAAAAUCUCUUCCGUCAGGUGCCAGAACUUUGCUCUUUCCCGGUUUACUUGAGUGACAUAGAUUGCCUGUAGAUAAGCUGCGCCGCCGGUGCGAAUCGGAACAGUACUUUAGAUGAUAAUUAGAAAACUAUGCUCGAUAUUUUUGGGCUACUUUUCGGAUAUUUGAUUGGAGUUACAGCCUGAUCUGUGAAUAGAGUUCUCAAACAUUGCCUUAUUUGGUCUUGGUAGUCAAUAAACAACUUUUCUGUACGUAGCUUCUUUAGUACUGGAUUUUUAUGGUUUCGAGCAGAACCCCAACUUCCAGAACAUAAAAUUCGUGUAUAUAUAUAUAUAUAUCUUCUUUUUUCUUUUGAGUGGCCUUGAUGGAGAACAAAGAGACUGUGAAGACUGGGGAUGGAUUCAUAGACAGGAGUAAAGUUAGAAUUUUGCUGUGUGAUAAUGAUUUGAAGAGCUCUGGGGAAGUUUUCACGCUUUUGUGCAAAUGUUCAUAUCAAGUGACUUCUGUUAGAUCGCCCAGACAGGUCAUUGAUGCAUUAAAUGCACAAGCACCUGAUAUUGAUAUUAUUCUGUGUGAAGUUGACCUUCCCAUGUCCAAAGGUAUGAAGUUGAUGAAAUACAUUAUGAGGGAUAAAGAAUUAAGGCGAAUUCCAGUCAUCAUGAUGUCAUCUCAAGAUGAGGUAUCUGUUGUUGUGAAAUGCUUAAGAUUGGGGGCUGCUGAUUACCUUGUAAAGCCUCUCCGCACUAAUGAACUAUUGAACUUGUGGACUCAUAUGUGGAGAAGAAGGCGAAUGCUUGGACUAGUGGAGAAGAACAUUAUAAAUUAUGACUUUGAUUUGGUAAUAUCAGACCCAAGUGAUGCUAGCACAAACAGCACUACACUCUUCUCAGAUGACACAGAUGAAAAGUCACAUAAAAGCAUUAAUCCAGAAACUAGUCACUGCUCACAACAGGAAGAUGAGGCCAAUGCCACAACAAGUGCUGCAUACCGGGAGACUGCAGUUGUGGGUUCAGUCGAGUGUCUAUCAGGAAGUAGCCAUCAGAAGACAGAUUGGAGAGGUUUGCCACGUGAUCACAAGGUCUUUGCAAAGUACUUACUACUUACCCUUCCUUGAAGGGAGAGGGGUCAAAUAGACUCUUCUAGUACUCCCUCCGGUUCUUAAUUAAGUUGAUAGGGACCCUGCUAUUCAGAAACGAGGAGAUGAGUAUUUUAGUAAGGUGUACAUAAGGAAGGGAAGGGCCGAGGGUUAGUUAGUUGUUAUAACUAAUGUACAUGCUGGCAGUUAUAAAGCAUACUAUAAAUAGAAGUAGAGUGGGUUGUGUGUAGUGUGCUGAAUUUCAAAUUGUAAAGUUGUUGCCCCGAUUGUAGCCUUUGGUCGAUGGCCCCUGUUGCCUGAGUAAUAAAGUUUGGCCCUAAUUCUUCUUGAAAUCCAUUGUUGUUCUGUAGAAUUGAUUCUGCAGGUUCUAACAUUGGUAUCAGAGACUUCGAUCACUGUGGAUGGUAGUUACGCGUGCGAAAAUGGAAGCCAGAAUUGAACAAUUGGAGAAGGAUCGACAAGAGACGAAGGAAUUACUGGCGACGAUUUUGGCGAAGCUGGACGCCAGAGACAAAAGUCGAUCGCGGAGUCGAUCGCGAACUUCCGCGACUUCGCACCACUCUUCGCACCACUCAUCGCAUCAUCAAUCGAUGAAAUCGAUUGAAAGUUCUGACAGUUCGGAUGAUUCUCAACAUAAUUCCACACCUCGCCGACAUCAACGAUCGAAUCAUCAUCCUCAGGUGCACCGGAAAAUCGAUCUGCCAAUAUUCCAAGGUGAGGAUGCUUUUGGCUGGCUGGUGAGGAUCGACCGAUAUUUCAGACUCCAAAAUGUGGAAGAAGAGGAAAAAUGUGAAGUUGCUGUGAUAGCAAUGGAAGGAAAAGCACUCGGUUGGGUGCAAUGGUGGGAAAAACAAACGAAAGAAAGAAGUUGGAAGGAAGGGAAUUGUUGUUUGAUAUUGUAUUCUGUCUCCCAGGAAUCUUCAAAAUCUGGAAGGUCUUUCCAAUGUAUUAGCACUUCCUUUUCUCCCUUGGAAUUCUUCCUGACAUCUCUAACUUCUUCUGGCCAAACUAGGAGCUCAUACUCCUCAGUCAAACAGCUGGGCAGAUCCUGGCACACGUUAGUAGGCUUCAACUCCUUCUUCAGCAAUGAAAUGUGAAAAACUGGAUGAAUCCUGCAGCCUACAGGAAAGUUUUGUUCAAUUCCAAAAAAGAGUGAAUUGAAAAUAGGCGGGCCUUCUGCGUUCUUUACAUACGUCAAGUCAAACCCUAACCAAUGUGCUGUCCCUGAAAACACUUCUCAUCAGCAUCAUCAUCUAAGUAUUGAUACAAAUCUAAAUAGUGCAUUGGGUGGGAAUUUUGAGGAGACCAAACAACAAGCCGUAGCUGUCGAUUAUUAUUCACAAGGAGAUGACUAUCCAAGGAGCAGUAACAGCAUUCCAGAUUCUCUCUCAAUGGAAACAGAUGAUUUCUCUAAGACAGUGCAUACGCAUCAACCAUAUGACUCGCACAAUGAUAUGUCAGGUUUGCAUACCCACACUUCUUGUCCCCAACCAUAUUACAUCCCGGGAAUGAUGAAUCAUGUGGUGAUGCCUGGAAUGGGUUCAUACACCUAUUAUCCAAUGAACAUGUGUGUGCAACCAUGGCCAUCACCAUCAUCAUAUGGAAGCUCCUCAACAGUUGAUGGUGGUAAGGUGGGUAAAAUAAUGAAUCGUAGAGAGGCUGCAUUGAUGAAGUUCAGAGAGAAGAAGAAGGCGCGUUGCUUUGACAAGAAGAUUCGGUAUGUGAACCGCAAACGACUGGCAGAUAGGAGGCCUCGGGUGCGUGGGCAGUUUGUUAGGAAGCCCAAUGGGGUUUUAGUGGAUCUUAAUGGACACCCUCCUCCCUCUGGAGAUGAUGACGAUGACGAUGAAGAGGAAGAUGAGGAUGGCGAUGAUGAAAUUAUUGAAGAGUAAAUGUCUACUUAGGACUCUUCUCCCAAAUAGGGAUCUCAACUGGAAGUGGUUUUUCAUGCAUGAUCAACUUGGGAAUGAUCAGAGCUCUGCUCAUUUUGAGCUAGGAAUUUAUAGCUCCGCGCUUUGUUCUAUAUGUAAAAGUGGGUAAAUCUAUUUUGGUUCAAGACAAAAAAAAACAGAAACAUAAACUCAGACAAUCUUGAACAUGCAACAAAUUGUUUUAAUUUGACGGACAAUUGAAAAACAGUCAUAUCACAUUUAGGACAAGGCCUCUUAGGUAUUACAUAGAAAACAAAACACACAAUGAAGUGUGACCAAAGGGCAGCCCAGUCCAUGUUGACGCUCUGCAAGGCAAGGAAUUAGGAUCCUCGGUCAUAUGACAGAAUGCCUUGCAGGGAAUGGGGGUCGGAUGAAAAUGGAGAUGCCUUGAUCGGUGAAAAAAGUGGAUGCUUAGAUCGGUGACCGUUCAAGUUUCUGAUAGGAGGGCCUCUAUUGGCUGAUACUUUGCUUUGUUGCCAAAGCAAGGUAGAUACGUCAAAUCUCAAGGCGGGUGUAUGAAGAAGGAUCCCGUUUAUAUGGGCAAGCUUUCUCUAAUUACAAUGUUUUAAAAUGUUUUUAAAGUUUGGUAGGCGAUAUGUAUUCAUAUACUAUAGUAGUAUAAUAAACUAAUAUGAUGGAAUAAAGCAAAACAACUCACUACAUUGUCCGCAUUUUUUUUUGUUUUGAAGCAGCAGUCAGCACAUGCAAUUUUCG